GUCAUGAUGAUAUAUAUAAGUACACAUUUAUAUAUAGCUUCUACACUUCAAGGUUUUUGUGGUCAUGGAAUUAUUAAGAAGAAUUGUUCAUUUAUCUUUGAUCUGGUGUAACAUAUUAUUGGCUGAAUUUGGAAGAAGAGAGAAUACGUACGUACGUAGUUAAGUAGCAUGAAUACAUUUUCACAUGUACCACCGGGUUUCAGAUUUCAUCCCACAGAUGAGGAACUUGUGGAUUACUACCUUAGAAAAAAGAUUGCUUCUAAAAGAAUAGAUCUCGAUGUCAUCAAAGAUGUUGAUCUUUACAAGAUUGAGCCAUGGGAUCUUCAAGAAUUGUGCAAAAUAGGAAGUGAAGAGCAAAAUGAAUGGUACUUUUUUAGCCACAAAGAUAAGAAAUACCCAACGGGAACACGCACAAAUAGAGCAACGAAGGCAGGUUUCUGGAAGGCAACAGGAAGAGACAAGGCCAUAUAUGCGAGGCAAAGCCUGAUUGGGAUGAGAAAGACUUUGGUUUUUUAUAAAGGCCGAGCCCCUAAUGGUCAGAAGUCUGACUGGAUCAUGCAUGAGUAUCGACUUGAAACCAACGAGAAUGGAACUUCUCAGGCAUAAGGAUGGGUUGUGUGUAGGGUUUUCAAGAAGCGGAUGGCAACCGUGAGAAAAGCCGGGGACUACGAUUCGCCGCCGUGUUGGUACGACGACCAAGUCUCCUUCAUGCAGACGGAGCUUGAAUCGCCAAUGAGAUCAGUCUCUCAUCAUCAUCAUCACCAUCACGGCCCCGGAGCCUUCGCAUCAUCAUACCACCAAAAUCACUACCCAAAUUGCAAGCAAGAGCUGGAGCUUCAUCAGUUCAACAUGCCCGCAGCAGCUGUAGUUGCCGAUCCUUUUUUCCAACUCCCUCAGCUAGAGAGCCCCAAGUUACCCUUCUCGGGCAGUACUAGCACCACCACCACUACUGCCGAAGAUCAUCUCCAUCAUCAUCAAGGUCAUCACCAUAAUCACCAUAUCAAUCACCAAAACAGUAGUAGUUUGAUGAUCAUGAGUAAUGGAUCACUGUUUAGCAACGAACAUGCUGUUGACCAAUUCGCUCCUAAUGCGACUACGGAUUGGAGGGUUCUUGACAAGUUUGUUGCUUCUCAACUCAGCCAUGACGAACAAGUUAUCACUGCUGCGGCUGCGGGUUCGGGUGCGGGUGUACCGCUCUUUCAUGUGACUCAUCAACACGUGAUCAACAACUUGCUGGGCGGUGAUGAUGAUGAUCAUGAACAGCAGCUUCUGGAGCUCAAAAGCUCAGAAAUGGCACACGACUAUGUCUCCACGUCGACCUCAACCAGUUGCCAGACUGAUCUGUGGAAGUAAUUAAUGCAUGAAGAUUAUAUAUAUAUAUAUUAACUAAAAUACAGUAAUUAGAUAUGAUAUAUUGAUACAUAUAUAUAUAUACUAAUUAAUCAUAGGAGUUUAUAAGUAAAGGGAAGAGGGAAUGAUAAGAAGGAAUAUUGGUACUAUAAUAUUGGACAUGGCCUGUAUAUAAUAAGAAUGGAAUACCUCUACGUACGUACGAACAUUGCAUUAUUAGCAAUUCGACUUUUUGGGGCCUUUUGUGUAAUAUUUGAGAGGACUAGUAAUUUGACACCAAUAUAUAUGAAUAUAUAUUAUAUAUCUUAAAAAAAAUAAUGUUGAUAAUA